AUGACACAUCCAUCCUUUCGAAGCAUUUGCUAUAUCUCCAGAGUAGAGUACGUAGUAGUCUCAGCUAUUCAAAUCAUUUCGAACUUUCUGCUACUCUGCACACCAGAAAAUGAGAGAAUUACGAUACGACAGGUUGAACUUGCAGCAAUGAAGAUUCCCGCAUUGAAGUUUAAAAGUUCCACCGAUCCAAUUGAAUGUGAAGAUUUCCUUGACAGCGUUGUCGAAAAACGAUUAUCUGAUCCAGCAGCAGAUCCUUUUGCUAAAGACUGUCUUUUGCUAUGCAAACAAGUGUACGAGAAUGCAGAUGAUGCAAUGAAAAAACCAAUUGAAGAUGUUAAUAGAGGAUCUUAUUACAGUGCUAAUGUUGAUCUUAGUGCAUUGACUACUGAUUUAGAAACUUGUAUCGAUUGUAUUAAGGAGAUAUAUGGUGAUGAUCAAGAAUUCAUGUCAUUUGAUGAUUGGGCAGGCAAAAUUACUGAAGAUGCCUUGGAAAAAAUUGUCGGCUUUAGCAGUUAA